AUGGAUCUCUGUGAAACUAGUGAUAUCAAAUGGAAUGAUCCUGAUAACAUAUAUAUUGGUCUGAAUAGUGAUUUUAGUUUGGCAACUGAUAGUAUUAGCGAGACAUCUACAAUGCCUGUG